AUAGCCAUCUCCGCCCUCCACAGGAUGCGCGUGAGCUUGCGAGCAAACUGCGACGACCCCACGAGCAGGCAGCCGACGACCAGCAGCAGCGCGGAGCCCGUGACGACGAAGAAGCCGCUCAAGACGAGCGCGAAGGCCAGCGACGCCACGUGGAAGCUCAGAGUGCGCAGGACGGAGGCCGCGACGCCCCGGCGGUGCGGCAUCUCCCGCGCCUUCGAGCGCGCCUCGGCGUGGACGCGGGAGGGCGUGGGGCAGGACACGGUAGAGCGAAGCGCUAGGCGGCGAGGUAGCUCCGCCGCUUCCUUUCGAAAAUAUGACGAGCGAAGUUUUUUGUUGAGUGUAAAACUUUGGUUGUGUCAGCAAGUAUACAAAUGA